UAACCUCCAACUACAAUUAUGAACCUGAAAAUGAGCAUUAUAUGAGCACUUUAAAUGACCAGAAAAUGCCAUAUGGUUGCUUAAUUUGGCUGCGAUAUAGUUCAUUUUACCAACACAAACUGUUAGGAGUGUUUUAAUUGGACAGCUGUUUCUUGUGUUUCUCCACUUAGUGGCCACGUUUGAUACAUCCAUACACCAGCUGUUAUACUGUGUGAGAACCUGAGCUUUUGACUCUACUAAACUUUUCCAUACACUGUCAUCAUUUUCCAACAGCAACUGAGUGAGACAUUCACAGCAUUCUUGCCUGUAAAUAAUUUGAUGAAGUGAAUCAUAAUCGCCAGGAUCCACUGUCGAAUAUGGGUUGAUGGACGUGAUGUGGACAAUGCAGCCUACAUUGUAGCAUCACAGGGUGGGAAGUAUGUGCCCCGAGCCAUCCUUGUUGACCUGGAACCAGGCACCAUGGACUCAGUCCGCUCUGGACCUUUUGGACAAAUCUUCAGGCCUGACAACUUUGUUUUUGGUCAAAGUGGAGCAGGAAACAACUGGGCCAAAGGUCACUACACGGAGGGGGCCGAGCUGGUGGAUUCAGUCCUGGAUGUGGUGAGAAAAGAGGCUGAAAGCUGUGAGUGUCUGCAGGGUUUCCAGCUCACGCACUCCCUGGGAGGAGGCACCGGCUCCGGCAUGGGCACCCUGCUCAUCAGCAAGAUCAGGGAGGAGUAUCCUGACCGCAUCAUGAACACCUUCAGCGUGGUGCCCUCUCCAAAGGUCUCGGACACAGUGGUUGAGCCGUACAACGCCACGCUGUCCGUCCACCAGCUGGUAGAAAACACAGACGAGACCUACUGCAUUGACAACGAAGCCCUUUAUGACAUCUGUUUCCGCACUCUCAAACUCACCACGCCCACCUACGGCGACCUCAACCACCUGGUCUCGGCCACCAUGAGCGGCGUGACCACCUGCCUGCGUUUCCCCGGCCAGCUCAACGCUGACCUGAGGAAACUGGCCGUCAACAUGGUGCCCUUCCCCCGUCUCCACUUCUUCAUGCCAGGCUUCGCCCCUCUGACCAGCAGGGGGAGCCAGCAGUACCGCGCCCUGACGGUGCCCGAGCUCACCCAGCAGGUGUUCGACGCCAAAAACAUGAUGGCGGCGUGCGACCCCCGCCACGGACGCUACCUGACGGUGGCCGCCGUGUUCCGCGGCCGCAUGUCCAUGAAGGAGGUGGACGAGCAGAUGCUGAACGUCCAGAACAAGAACAGCAGCUACUUCGUGGAGUGGAUCCCCAACAACGUCAAGACGGCCGUCUGCGACAUCCCGCCGCGCGGCCUCAAGAUGGCCGUCACCUUCAUCGGCAACAGCACCGCCAUCCAGGAGCUGUUCAAACGCAUCUCUGAGCAGUUCACCGCCAUGUUUCGCCGCAAGGCCUUCCUCCACUGGUACACCGGCGAGGGCAUGGACGAGAUGGAGUUCACCGAGGCGGAGAGCAACAUGAACGACCUGGUCUCCGAGUACCAGCAGUACCAGGACGCCACGGCCGAGGAGGAGGGAGAGUUUGAGGAAGACGUGGAAGAGGAUGCCUAAAAAAGUAAACAAGAAAAUGAUGUAACAUGAGCUGAAGAAUAAGGAGAAGAUAAUAAUCAAAAAGAGAAGAAAAAAAAAUCCAGAAAAAAGAACCAAUAUUGUGAUAUGAAAUGAAGGAAUUUGGCAGAUUGGAUAAGUAGGACUGGUUAGAGAAGUAUGAGAGUCUGAAUUGGUCAAUGGAGGAUGGAAACUAUGUGAAGACAAAAUAAUAAAAGAUGAAUGUGGGCAGAGAAGUGAAAGAGUAACAGGAUCAAAAUGUUAAAGACCAAAUUAAUGUGCCAUGGUUUACGGUUCAUUGUGACGCCAUGUUGGGCGGUUUCACCAAGACUCACAAAAUCUUUUUUUUUUUGAAACUAAGAUCUUGUCUUGCAGCAAAUGCACAAAACAGAAGCACUUCUUACACUUCCCUUUCAUCAAGUAGGCUUAUAUCUCAAAAACAGAAACUAAAACUUCUACGAGGGACAAAAUCAAUAAAGUAAUCAGGGGGGGGGGCAGCUUUUUAUUGUAACAUUAAUUCCACCUUGAACAAAUGUGUUAAAUUGUUAAAUGACAAUAUUACACUUACAUUCAUUCACACUCCAUGCAAACAAGCUUGUAAUUUUUGCCAAAUACAGUACUAUUGACAUUACAUCUUGCAUGAGAAACAGUAUUUAGCGGUAUUUAGCAGACAGAAAAUGUAAUCAAUGUGCUUGUUCACUGAUAAUAGAGUGAGUGAUGUAGUGAGUUAGCAGUUAUUCCAGGAUUAAAGGUGCACUAUGAGUUCCUGCAUGGUUUCAGCGCAAUUUCAUUUUUGUCUCAAAUCGUAGGCAUCU